UUGCUUUUCUGCGCAGUCACUGAAUGUGACGGUCACAGAGUGUACGGGAACACGUGCGGCGUGACGUCAUCGUCACAACACGGAAGCGGGGCAGGUAAAGAGGCGGUCAUGGCGCUGAUCCCCUGCCAGGUUCUCCGUGUGGCCAUCCUGCUGUCUUACUUCUCCAUCCUGUGCCACUACAAAGCUCUGGACAUGCCGGCACAUCAGACCUACGGAGGCAGCUGGAAGUUCCUCACCUUCAUCGACCUGGUGAUCCAGGCUGUGUUCUUUGGCCUGUGCGUCCUGAUCGACGUGUCCUCCUUGCUGAUUAAAGGAGGCGACAGCAGGGAGCAGGAGAGGCAGCUCAGGAAGCUGGUUGGUCUGAAGGACUGGAUGAUGGCGGUCCUGGCUUUUCCUGUCGGAGCGUUUGUGGUCUCGACCUUCUGGUCGAUCUACAUGUACGACAGAGAACUGGUUUACCCCAAACUACUGGACAACUUCAUCCCUCAGUGGCUCAACCACGGCAUGCACACUACUGUUCUGCCCUUCAUCAUCAUCGAGAUGAGAACCACCCACCAUCGAUAUCCCAGCAGGCCGUGCGGCCUGGCAGCAGUGUGCUGCUUCGGCGUUGGAUAUAUUCUAUGGACGUGCUGGGUGCAUCAGGUGACGGGCGUGUGGGUGUACCCGCUGCUGGAGCGCAUCACGCCGCUGGCUCGAGUCCUCUUCUUCAGUGCUAUGACAGCGGUGAUCUGCAUCUUCUACGUCCUCGGCGAAAUCCUCAACAGCUACAUCUGGGACAAACCCCACGCAGAAAAGGUGAAAGGUGAGUAACCAGGGGAGCGGCUUUGCAGACUUCCAGAUGGGCCUGGACCAGACAUCAGAGGCUUGAAGCCCCGCCCACUCCGGACAGCACAAGAACAGAACCCAAGCGUCCUCUGGAACCCGAGGAGACGGUUUGGAAUGUUUUCAACAAAAAUGUAAAUAGAGAAAAUGCCGUUGGAUGCCUGAUGUCACUUUGUUUGUUUGUUUGUUUGUGACCGAAGCUAAAGAGCAGAGUCACACCCACUGUUCCCGUGAAGGAUAAACAAGACAACACUCGAAAACAAACAACGUAAAGACUCUGAAAAUAAUUAAUUUAUUAUUCAACAUUCUUUCUGUGGAUUUGAAAGAAAAGAGAAUGAAGUCUGAUUGUUUAUGCUGCUAAUUAAAUGAUAAUAAAAGCUUAAGAACACA